AUGUCCGAGACUUUCCCCCAACCCCCAUCCGUCCAACUCCACGGACGAACAUACAACUUGCCCCAACGCCCAACAGUGGUAGUUUGCAUCGAUGGCUUCGACCCCGAAUACCUCCAAGCAGGAAUUGAAGACGGCAUCCUACCAAACAUGUCCUCAUUCCUUCAAUCCGGCUUCCACACAACAGCAGAAUGCGCAAUGCCAUCAUUGACCAAUCCAAACAACCUCUCAAUCAUCACCGGCGCACCAACCAGCAUCCACGGUGUCUCAGGAAACUAUUACCUAGACAAAGAAACCGGGGAAGAGCACAUGGUCGUCGACGACUCAACUAUGCACGGCACGACAAUUCUAGCAAAACUAGCCGACGCAGGAAUCCGCAUCGCAGCAAUCACAGCAAAAGAUAAGCUAAGAAGAAUAAUUAACCACGGCCUUUUCUCGCCUUCAAAAUCGUCAAUCUGCUUCUCAGCACAAUGCGCAAAUGAAGCCACCCUCACCGAACACGGAAUCCAAGACGUCGAAACUUGGCUCGGUCAAUCAACACCAGCCCAGUACUCCGGUACAUUAUCCCUAUUCGUCCUCGACGCAGGCAUAAAACUUCUAUCAGAAGGAAGGGCGGAUUUCUUCUACCUCACAUUAUCGGAUUAUAUCCAGCAUAAACACGCGCCUCGCUCGAUCGAAGCAAAUGAGUUCAUGGCCGCGAUUGAUACCCGACUCGGUGAAUUCGUUAAACUCGGCGCCGUCGUCGCUGUAACCGGUGACCAUGGUAUGAGCGAUAAGUCGGAUCAAGAUGGAAAUCCGAACGUCCUCUUUCUUGAAGAUUUCUUGCAGAAAGGGUGGCCUGAUGCUCGGGCUAGAGUUAUUUGUCCUAUUUCUGAUCCUUUUGUUAAACAUCAUGGUGCGUUGGGUGGAUUUGUUCGUGUUUAUCUCCUCGGUGAUACGUCAGGUCCCCUCCAAGUUGAGGAAAUGGUGGCGGAGUGUCGGAAAUUGCCAGAGGUCGAGGUUGCGCUUACCGGCGAUGAUGCUGCGGAUUUGUUUGAGAUGCCCCCGGAUCGGGAGGGGGGAUUUUGUUGUCGUUUCGAAGAAGGGGUUUGUUAUUGGUAG